GAUUGCUCCAAUUGGUCCGUAUAAGAAUGCAAAGCGAGUUGUAUUGGUAUUGCCUGGAUUUCACAAAAUUAACUCAUUCAAAAGUUUCUCUCUAUUCUGCUUUAAAUUCGAGCAUAACUUUGGUACAAUCCCAAUUCCGGACACUGUGAUUAUGCCAAAACCACAGUUUUUAGCUACUGAAUUACAUGGUAGCCGGUAUAGUGUUGGCUCCGGGCCUAUCUUAAUAAUUGACAGAAGGACAAUCAAAAUUUUCGGAUUUACCUUUGAUGGUGAUAAAGCGCCAGAUGGCUACUUUUUUGUUGGUCGAGGACCGAAUGUUGCACACGAUUCUGGAGUCAAAGUACCGAUACGUGGAAGAGACACUGUGGGGAUGAUAACUGCAAUGAAUGAGCGAUAUCGCGGUGGACAGGAUAUAAUAAUAGAUUUACCUGCAGAAUAUGACAUUAAUCAUAUCGAUUGGCUGUCCGUUUAUUGUUAUAAAUUUCGGGUUGAUUUCGGACAUGUAUCUAUUAUGAAUAUAUCCCAAAGAAUACCUCCCUAUGUACCACCACAGAAACGAUUCGAUGAUAUAGAACUUUCUAAAAUUGACGGUUGGCCAUUAAUUUCACUACUAGGAACUGACGAUCGUUUAAACUUCACAUUUCAAUUGGGGCCACCUGGUGGACGACGAGGUUAUCAGUUCAUGGCACAUGCUAGGCCAGCAAAGUAUGUAUGGUAUGUGAAUGGCUAUUUGGCUGAUAUUUAUUUGAAACGUGGUGUUACAUAUACAUUCAAUGUUGAAGGUGGUAAUGAUAAAUCCACUAGCGAUUUUUACAAUCCGUUGUACAUAUCAGAUGAUCCGUUUGGUGGAUACGCUAAAUUAUCCAAUGAUGAACGAGAACAAGUGAAAAUAGUAGCUGGACAUAAUCCGGAUGAAACAGCUGGUCGUCUAUGUUUGUGGUCACAAGAUGGUAAAGAUGAUGAGGAUGCUGAUAAAUUCAGCAGUUUCAUUGAGUAUCGACGUUCACUUAAAUUAAAAUGCAUUGAAACAUCUAAAACAGCGACUUUCCAUUUCACUCCAACAGCUGAAACACCCGAUACUCUCUAUUAUCAAAGUUAUUCAACAUAUAAUAUGGGCUGGAAAAUUCAUGUUGUGGAUGAUUUACCAAAAGAUAUCGCAGAUUUUGUGGAAGAGCCAUACCAGUAUGACAUUUGGUUGCAACAACAUAAUUUGCUAAAUGCUAGAGAGGGAUCGCUAUCUGGAGGAGCUUCAUAUUCCGACAUCCAUCUUUAUAUCAUCUCAUCAAUACUACAUCUCGUGAUAUGCACUGCUUCUGCUUUUAUAUUAUUACAGUAA